AUGGAUCCACCGCGUGUUUCUCGUCUCCUCGACCCCGCCAUGGCGGCUAUUACCAAGCACAAAGCUGAAGCUAUAAAGCUCGCUCGCGAGCAGAGCUCUGCAGUCCAAGAGAUGUGCCGCAGAGCGAAAUCUGAUGUUCCUGCUUACGAGUUUGAAGAGUUGAUCGGCAAAGGUUCAUAUGGUCGAGUUUACAAAGGUCACCAGCUUCCCUCCCGCAAGCUCGUCGCGAUCAAGGUUUUGGACAUCGACUCCAUCGACUACAAAUCUCUGCGGGACUUUCGAGACGAAUCAAUCAACGAUUUCAUCCGUGAGGCGAAAGUGAUGAAGCAGGUCAAAGACUCUGGCGCGAAGAACAUUAACGAACUCAUCGAGGCGAUCUCCAUUCACUCGCAGCUGUGGCUGGUUUGCGAAUAUUGCCCUGGUGGCAGUGUUAGAACCCUGAUGCGAGCCACUAACGACCGCCUGGAAGAAAAAUUCAUUAUCCCUAUUGCACGAGAACUGGCUGCUGGCCUCCGUGCCAUCCACAAUGCGGGUAUCAUCCAUCGAGACAUCAAAGCCGCAAACGUCCUGAUUCACGAAGAAGGAAAACUCCAGAUCUGCGACUUCGGUGUUGCCGGCGUCCUUCAGUCUCAGCUGGACAAACGCUCGACCUGGAUCGGAACCCCUCACUGGAUGCCACCCGAGAUGUUUUCGACCCGCGGCGAAGCUCAUCAGUACGGAAGUGAGAUCGAUGUAUGGGCGUACGGAUGCACGAUUUUUGAGAUUGCUACGGGCAAUCCUCCUAAUUCGAACCUCCGAGAACGCAUGCAGAUCGGGAGACAACUGAACCGCAGCACCCCCAAACUAGACAACUCGAAAUAUAGCGACGGCCUGAAGAGUCUCGUGUCCUUUGCCCUGGAAUCGAACCCCGUCUCUCGACCUGCGAUGGCAGACAUUCUAAACCAUUCCUUCAUUGCUGAUACCGAGGAAAGCCACCCUACUUCGUCCCUGGGUGAGCUUGUCCGCAUGUACUAUCAGUGGUCUCAGCGGGGUGGACAACGCAUCUCCCUGUUCCAUCCUGGCGGUGCCGCGGCUGCCGAGAUGCCAGAUACCGAGCCUAGUGACGAGGACUGGAAUUUCAGUACAACUGAUGGCUUUGAGCGUCGCUUCUCUGUCAUAGACCUCGAUCAGCUGGCGGCCUCUAUCGCUGAAUUGGAGGCAGAAAUAAGCCCGACCACAAAAUCUCAAUCCAUGCCAGACAUCCCUGAUGAAACGACCGAUCAGGAAAUGACAGUUGAGGAUAAGGCGAACUUCGAUGAGCGGGUUCGUCGAGGUGCUGAAGCGAUGGAAGGCCUUUUCAAUGAAGAAAAGCCAAGCUACACUUACGAAACAAAGAACGACUUCGUCCCUAUUGAACCUAAAGCCCCCGCAUCCGACCUCCCCCUGCGCACAGACACCGAUCGCUCUUCCGUCACCUCUACCUUCAUCGACAUCGACAUCGGAUCCUUUGACUCGUCGCAUUAUGCGGCUGGAGCGUCAUCUGCGCAGCCCUUUCAGCUCGCAGACGCCGAUACUAUUCGCGCCAACAGAUCCAGCGGUCGUCAACAGCGCAACUCCAUCGACGGUCGCUCUCGAUCUUCGAGUAGCGGCGUUAGCAGCACUCGUGACGCUGACGAUGUGCCAUUCCAGCCAUCAACCGGCCCACGACCUCCGACCAUGGAUUGGAAGUUCCCUGUCUUCAUGCAGCCUGCAACUGAAGAGGAGCCAGAGCCCGAGCCCGAGCCCGAGCCCGCGCAGGCGCCAAAGCCAGCUGAGCUAGACAUCUCAGAGAAGCGCGCUACAAUGGAGUGGACAUUCCCAGUGAUGACUGCUCCAGCCGACAAUGAAUCCACGGGCCACGAAAGCGAUGCCGACGUGAGUCGCAACAACACUCUGAAAGCGCCGAUCAUGAGUCUGCAGACCUCGGACACCAUUCGACGCUCGAGCAUCGGCGAGCCUGGUGAUUCCCGGCCUUCCACCUCGCGAUCCAUUGAUUCCAAUGUGUCUGCGAGCUCCGAAACGGAUUAUGAUCCAUUCCGCUUCGACCGUCCCUCCACCCCGCCUAGCGUGCCAGCGGCUGCUGAGCCCAAGACUUUUGACGAGUCGGACUUCCCUACAAUGUCAUUUGACGAAGAUGAAGAAACGAAUGUCCUUGAUGGACCUGGGCCUGAUGAAGAAGAAGAAUCGACUUCUGCCUGGCACAACAGUUCCGAGCAACACCACGCGCACUCCGAGCCAUUCCCCACCGCCAUCCCUGUCAAAGACCUCGAGCUGGCCCCCUUCCCCUCUACCACCGACUCCCCCACUUCCGAGCCUCUUCCCACCGCCAGACGCAACCUUCCCAUCCUGUCCACCGAAGACACCGAGCCCGUUCGUUUCCCGGACGUUCCUCUUCCCCGCCUUGAUGCCCUGACGGAGGGUGUCGGUGACCACGCCAUCAAAGAGGAACUGGACCGAAUGCUCGACGGCUUCCUGCUUGCUCUCAACGCCACCGGACGCGCAAUCUCCCAGACCACGGUGGGACCCGAGGCCGAAGUCAAUUCCGACAUGGUCUCUACCCCGGAACAUUCUGAGUGAGGGACAUCAUCCAGAAGGGGACCUCGAAACACAGCCAAACACAACCCCGCAAAACCAAUAUCGAAUCGUUUUCCAUUUAUUUCAUUCCUUACUUUGAAGUUAGAAGAAUAAAAUUAACAGAUGGUGCAUUGGAGAAAACCCGUUCUUUUUGGAACCGUAUGCCGAAAAUCCAAGUAUGCUGGCUCAUGCAUGGAUUUGACGCGACGCGACGGACUGAGAAUGGUGGAAACUCAUGAUUUUCACGAAAGAAUGAUCUUGCAUUUUGCAGUUGCGGUGCCUGUUCCUGUACCUAUAGAGAGCAUGC